CUCUCAAGUCAAAGUCAAAAGCAGAAUGUGCCGCCAAGGUCCAUCCUCAUCGUAAAUAAGCAUCGGACACGCGCUGUGGCCGAAGGGAUCGAGGCGCUGUUGCGAUACGUGCACGAAAAGUACCCUGGGGUGCGUGUGUUCCAUGAGGAUCGUCCAGACAUCCCAGAAGGCGUUGAGGUGUGGCACCCAGGACCCUUGGCUGAGCCAAUUGACCUCAUCGUUACACUGGGUGGUGACGGCACGAUCCUCCACGCGUCCUCGCUCUUCAAGGUUGGCGCUGUCCCGCCUGUGCUCAGCUUCUCAAUGGGCACACUCGGGUUCCUGCUCCCCUUCCAUAUCGACGAUUAUGCGAAGGCGCUCGACAGCGCAUUUGAGGGGCGCGCAACCAUCUUGAAACGCAUGCGCCUCUCCUGCAAGUUUCACGAUGUAGAUGGCACACAAAUGGAAACGCACUGCGAAGAUUGGCAAGUCAUGAACGAAAUCGCGCUGCAUCGGGGAUCAAGUCCGCACUUGAACACAAUCGACAUCUUCGUCGACGGGCAACAUCUCACAGAGGCUGUGUCGGACGGGUUAAUCGUGUCGACACCAACGGGCUCGACGGCGUAUUCGCUCUCCGCAGGGGGACCCAUUGUUCACCCGUCACUGAGCGCCCUGGUACUCACACCGAUCUGCCCGCGGAGCUUGUCCUUCCGCCCGCUCGUCUUCCCCUCAUCGUCGAGCAUCACACUACAGAUAGGUGAGCGCAGUCGCGCGUCGGCGGGGCUGUCGCUGGACGGGCAGACUUCACAUGUGCUUGGCCCAGGGGAGGCAGUCACCGUGCGCGCCUCGCCGUUUCCGAUUCCCUGCAUCAACCGCUCGUCGAUUGUGGAGCCGGAGGAGAUGCAGGAGAACGAGGGUGCGGGCCCAGGGAAGGAGGAUGACUGGGUGCGGGACAUCAACAAUCUGCUGCAGUAUAACGCGACGUUCCGGAGCAAGGCGCUCCUGAGGCAUAGCAGAACAUAG